AUGACCCCUGAAUCUCCCAUGGACUCUACUGCAUCCGAGAAGAAGCAUAAUGAAAGAGCCUAUGUUACUUUUUUGGCAGGUAACGGAGACUACGUGAAGGGAGCGGUGGGACUAGCAAAGGGUUUGCGAAAGGUUAAAAGUGCGUAUCCUCUAAUUGUUGCUAUCUUACCUGAUGUUCCUGAGGAGCAUAGAGAGAUCUUAAGGUCUCAAGGGUGUGUUGUCCGUGAGAUCGAGCCUGUAUAUCCUCCAGAAAUCCAAGAUGCAUAUGCAAGGGCUUAUUAUAUUAUCAAUUACUCAAAGCUGCGAAUUUGGAAGUUUGAAGAGUACAGCAAGAUGAUUUACUUAGAUGCAGACAUACAAGUCUAUGACAAUAUCGAUGACCUCUUCGAUAUGGAAGACGGUUAUUUACACGGCGUGUUGAGUUGUUUCUGUGAGAAAAUAUGGAGCUACUUGCCUCUAUACUCGAUCGGGUGGUGUCAGUACCGUCCAGAGGUCACGUGGCCGGCCGAAAUGGAAUCUCUUCCUCCUCCUCCAUACUUCAACGCAGGUAUGUUUGUGUUUGAGCCUAACCCUUUGACAUAUGAAAGUCUCCUUCAUACCCUCCAGAUCACACCACCUACACCAUUUGCGGAGCAAGAUUUUCUCAAUAUGUUCUUUGCGAAAGUUUUUAAACCGGUCCCUCCGGUUUACAACUUGAUUCUGUCUGUGCUUUGGCGUCAUCCGGGAAGCGUUAACUUGGAGACAGUCAAAGUUGUUCACUACUGUCCACCUGGAGCCAAGCCAUGGAGGUACACAGGAGAAGAGCCUAACAUGGACAGAGAAGACGUCAAAAUGUUAAUUAAGCAAUGGUGGGAUAUUUAUAACGACGAAUCCCUUGAUUUUAAAGCGAAAAGCGCUGCCGAUUUGAAAGAAAAUCUGUCUGUAUCAACAAUCAUAGCUUCAGUACCCAGACCGUCAGUUAUAUGUUUGUCUCCUCCUGCACCUCCCGCCGCUUGA